CCACAGCAGAGAAUGAGAUGAAUCGUGCGAUUGUAAAAAGUUUGAGAGAAUAUGUCAUUGUUCUAAAAUAAACUGUAUUAAUUAAAAUAAAAUAGGCCAUAUUCUAUUGCUUGUGUGCAAAGUUCUAUUGAUGUUAAUGUUGUUGUUUUUUGUUGGUCUCUCUGUUGACCGGCAUUUUAGUAUUUUUACUAUCCAGGGAUUCGUUUUCCAAGCGUAGAGUGGCGUAUUGUUUACAUAGCUCGGAGGGUGACUGUCUGAACACUAGAGAGCUGUCUCUUAGGAAACCCAACAAGGGAUUCUCUCUUUUGUCAUUACAAUGAAGGAAGGGAAUGAAACUCCAGGACUCAUCAGUAGAACAUUGCUGAAGCUCAUUCUCUAAACUCACUUCAGCAUUUCUGCCUCGUUCUGCUGCCUCUAGGCACAGCUAUGGGUUACGACAUUGAGCGUUUCCUGGGAUAUGUGAAUGAUGGCCUCCUGUGUUGUAUCUGUCGGGAUGUACUGGAAGAUCCUUUACAAGCACCCUGUGAGCAUGCAUUCUGUGCAGCCUGUAUUCAUGGAUGGCUGGUUCACCACAACAACUGUCCUGAAGACAGACAGACGCUGGCUGUUUCUGAACUGAGACCCCUACACAGAUACAUGAGAAAUGAUCUAAGCAGACUUCAGAUCCAGUGUAAGAACUGCCGAAGCGGCUGUGGUAUGGUGUGUUCCCUGGAAUCAAUAGACAGACAUGAGAGAGAGUGUGAAUACGAGCGCAUGUCCUGUAUAAACGCUGGUUGCCCUGCUCAGUUUGAGCGAAAAAACCUGGACAGCCAUCUGGCAGUGUGUGAACAUCGAAGCCGAGAGUGCCCGAAUGGUUGUGGCUAUGCCAUUCUUAGUGCUGAAGAUUUACAGCAUAACUGCAUAGCUGAAAUGAGGACGGAACUUGAGCUUCUAAGGUCUGAAAUGAUCUGCAGAGUUGAGGAAACAAAGCGGGAGAUGGAAUCCAGGCUUGACUCACAGAGACGACACAUGGUGCAGAAAGAGAGUGUCCUACAGGGUGAAAUUGAAGAGCUCAAGAGUCAGAUGUCACGAAUGAAGUCCGAUGUGCGGACUCUCAUGGCUUCGGAAAGACAACAUCGGCAGGACUUGGAGCAAGCAGACCUGGAGAAACGGGAACUGAUGGAACUUCUUAAAAGUUUACAGCGCGAAUGCAGAUCAAGAAAUGAUGAUGCCCAAAAACCACCUAACAGCCGCCCACUAACACGCUUAGAAAGUAUAAAGAGAAAACCCAGAGAAGUCACCGUUAUCUAAAUUUCUAAACAUUCCGUAUGGUUCAAAAAGGUUUAUAAAAUUCAACCCUUUAGCCUAAAGUGAAGAAUAUCCAUUCUGUACUUGCAUUACACCAGACAGUAAUGGGUGUUAAGUGAUAAAUCGCAAUCUAGUUUAUUUGAACAGCAGUGCCGCUCAUCCUUUUUAAGCUCCAUUGCACACGGGGCCGUCUAGCUGCAGUAUGACCCUUCCAGGAAAGUAUUACAGAAGACCUGGGAAUUCAUCCCCGAACACAUAGCGCCCUCAAUGUGAGCACUUAGUACAGCGUUCAUUCCCUUUUGCUUGUAGUCUGCCACAGACUUUGAGAGGCUCCAAGCUGCAACUGUCCUUUCUGGGUGCAAUAGAACAUCACAAGGCAUGCACUGCAGCUGUAUGGUACCGUGUGCAAGAGGCCUAAACUGUACAUUCAGCACUCGUCUAUGGCGUGCGCCAAAAUGUUUUACAUUUUUAUUGAACCACAGCGAAUGGUAUAUCUAAACCACCAAAAUUUGAUGACAUUGCCUAAAAUUAUAUUACAAAUGAUAAAUUAAAUUGCCAAUAUAAAUUAGGAAGUACUGUACAGUAUAUUCAUAAAAAAGUAACAUACAAUACAUUUAUAAAGAGACAGAUGAAGUACAUAGGUUUACUAUUUAACCUGCCCAGGAUACACUGUCUGGAUGUGCAGUGUGGUUUCAAUCAAAAUAGUAAAUGUAUACGUGUAUGUAUGUCAAUUGUGCAUUUGGCUGUUUGUCUGGAGUUACAUUUUGAAGUUUCAUACUUUUUCAUCAUCUGAUUACAUACAAAGAAACAUGUUUAUUGCAAAAACUUUGUUUCAAAUGACUUACAAGAAAACAAAACCUAGACGUUUGCGAUAAAGCGCCGCUAGUUUUAGCGGUGCUUUUCAAGCGCUAUAAACAAAAAUAUAGUGACAAUUUUGAA